AUCACUUGUCAAGAUGAUUUAAAAAAUAUAAAAUACAGUAAAUUUUAAAAUAUCAUCAUUCUAUAGUAGGCCUAUUUCAUUACAAGUUGGUGUCAUGUUUUAAAUAAAAAUAGUACAAAUUAGCUCAAUGUUUUCUAUAAUUUUAAGCUUUUAACAGUUUCCAAUAUAUUAUCUUCUAACGGGGUCUUUCUUACUUCAUUGACAAGUGACAAUUUAGAUUUUGACAGACUUUAUAACCAUGUUUGUCACGAUAUUUCUCGAUAGUAUUUUGUGAUCCCAUUUCAAACUGAAUUGUGCAAUAAUUAUAAAAAUAUUGAUCCUUGUAAAUAGAUAGCAGUAAAACAGUCCACAAUGUGGAAAGGCAUAAGAUUAACUCACUCCCAGUUACGAAAGUUUCAAUAUAACAAUCAGAAAAUCCAGCCAGUCCCCGGUGUCCCCGCUCUAGAUUCUGUGUUGAACCAAUGGUUCGAAUUUUGCAAGAAGCCGCCAAAGGGUUUCGAGAAGUACUUUCAGCCGAGUGCUAGUCAGAAACAGUCCAAAACUGCCGACAAAGAUGGGACGCCUGCACCUUCGAAAGGCUCAUCAGCAUCGUCAAAACCAAACAAUUCGUCACAGGACAAAUGGAACAUGAACAUGUUCUCUGGAAAUUCGGGCAGCAGCGGUAGCAAUCGCAGUGGCUACGAAGGUCAGGAUAGAGAGAAAUGGAUGCUGUUUGGUGCCAUGGGAGUUGUUGGAGUACUAGCAUCACUCGUGUACUUCGAACUGCGCUACAAGGAAAUUAGCUGGCGAGAUUUCGUCAACUUGUAUUUAAGUAAGGGUGCAGUGGAAAAAUUAGAAGUCAUCAACAAGAAAUGGGUAAGAGUGAGGUUACAACCAGGAUCAGCGCUGGAAGGAAAGGUCAUUUGGUUUGCUAUCGGCAGUGUAGACUCAUUUGAAAGAAACCUUGAGAAUGCACAGAUUGAAAGAAGUGUUGACCCACCCAAUUUCAUACCGGUAAUUUAUAAAACCGAAGUAGAGGCAUCAAGUUUGACUGGUAUGCUGCCAACCUUACUUAUCAUAGGAUUCCUAAUCUAUAUGAUGAGAAGGUCAGCUGACAUGAUGGGCCGAGGAGGAAGGAGAGGUGGUGGACUCUUUGGUGGUGUCAUGGAGUCUACAGCAAAGCUGAUUAACCCCACUGAUAUUGGUGUCAAGUUCCAAGAUGUCGCUGGGUGUGAAGAAGCCAAAAUAGAGAUCAUGGAGUUUGUUAACUUCUUGAAAAAUCCCCAGCAGUACAUUGACUUGGGAGCGAAAAUUCCGAAAGGAGCUCUGCUCACUGGUCCGCCAGGUACUGGUAAAACCUUACUGGCCAAAGCUACAGCAGGAGAAGCAAAUGUACCAUUCAUCACCGUUUCCGGAUCUGAGUUUUUGGAGAUGUUUGUGGGUGUUGGUCCCUCUAGAGUUCGAGACAUGUUCUCUAUGGCCCGUAAACAUGCACCCUGCAUCCUCUUCAUUGAUGAGAUUGAUGCUGUUGGUAGGAAAAGAGGUGGACGCAGCUUUGGGGGUCACUCAGAACAAGAGAACACAUUGAAUCAACUUCUUGUUGAAAUGGAUGGCUUUAACACUACAACUAAUGUUGUUGUGUUGGCAGCCACAAACAGAGUUGAUAUUUUGGACAAAGCCCUUCUGCGACCAGGUAGAUUUGAUAGGCAAAUAUUUGUCCCUGCUCCAGACAUUAAGGGCAGAGCAUCUAUCUUCAAAGUGCAUUUGACUCCUUUAAAGACAACAUUGAACAAAGAAGCUCUGGCUAGAAAGAUGGCUGCUCUCACACCAGGUUUUACGGGCGCUGACAUUGCGAACGUCUGCAAUGAAGCUGCUCUUAUCGCCGCUCGAGAGCUAGCAAACGACAUCAACAUGAAGAACUUUGAACAGGCCAUUGAGAGAGUAGUGGCUGGCAUGGAGAAGAAGUCCAAUGUCCUCCAACCUGAUGAGAGAAAGAUUGUCGCCUACCACGAGGCCGGCCACGCAGUCGCCGGGUGGUUCUUGAAGCACGCGGAUCCUCUCCUCAAAGUAUCCAUCAUACCCAGAGGAAAAGGUCUCGGCUAUGCCCAAUAUCUUCCUAAAGAACAAUACCUGUACAGCAAAGAACAACUGUUCGACAGAAUGUGCAUGACCCUCGGAGGUAGAGUGAGUGAAGAGAUUUUCUUCGGCAGAAUCACAACCGGCGCGCAGGACGAUCUUAAAAAGAUAACACAGAGCGCUUACGCACAAAUAGUCCACUACGGUAUGAACCCCAAAGUCGGCAAUGUGUCGUUCGAAAUGCCACAACCUGGAGAAAUGGUGAUAGACAAACCAUAUUCUGAAAAAACUGCUGAACUAAUCGAUUCAGAAGUCAGGGAGCUGAUAAACACUGCGCAUUUGUUCACAACUGAUCUGCUGACUAAGCACAAGGAAAACAUCGCCAAAGUAGCUGAAAGAUUGCUAAAACAAGAAAUAUUAAGCAGGGAGGACAUGAUUGAACUUCUUGGAAAGAGACCUUUCCCUGAAAAGAGUACCUAUGAAGAGUUUGUUGAAGGGACAGGGUCCUUAGAUGAAGACACAUCCUUGCCUGAAGGUCUUAAAGAUUGGAACAAGGAGAAAAAUCCAACCACACCGCCUCCUGACAGUAUACCAUCAGUAAAGACACCAGCCUCGCCUCGCAAGCCUCAGUAAAGAUUAAGCUCUCAUUGUGUAGAUUGAGAUUAGUCAGUUUUACGUGAAGAUAUUUUUAUUACCUUUAAGAUGUAAAGGUUUCUUUUUUUGUUAACGUCUGUUGAUGUGUAACUUGACUUUAGAUUUGUUUCUUGUAGUCAGAGCGUUUUGGAUAUCUGGAACUGGUACUAGCAUUUACUAUCAACUCGAACAGGAGUGAAGAGGUUAGACACUAACAUUAAAUUAAGAAUCAGAAUGUUUUUAGCAUUUGUAUAGCUGCUUCACUAUUGCUGUUUUGUAUAAUAAAGAAAUUCCAGUUAA